CUAAACUCGAUCUAUGCUUCAAGUCACUAAUGCAUAAAUGUUGAUUUCAUACGUCUGUAAUCAUGCAAUUUAGUUUAAAUGAUUGUCAUUAGUUUGCCAAUUUGAACAUUUUCAGUCUGAAGGUCGUUCCGUAACUCUGGUGAAACCAGUUUUCAAAGACAUGCCUCGAGGUCGCAGUGUUAAACGAGGCUUCCGCCCAUCUCAUGCGUCGGUACAAACAAUGCUUGUUCCAAGCCGCACUGAAUGUGCUGUCAUAAAUAAAGAUGUAAUCGUUUUUGUUUUCUAUUACAGAUCGUAGUGCUUUUCGCCUUCAGCAAAACUUUUAGCUUCAUUUCUACUUUGUAAUUUGAUAUAAUUUUUGACUUUUUGAGUGCAUCUGGGUUUUAUUGCUUUCUUCAAGUAGUAAGCGUUGUAAUUCAUAUGCAGUGUAACACGAAGACAAUCUUUAAGGCUAACAUGGUUUCAUUUUUCCUAGGUCUAGACGGUUUACUUUUUAUUUAAAGUUUCAGCUUUAUAGUUUUAAUUGCUAUUAGAAUUCGCUGUUCCGUAUUAUUCAUAGUUUGCUACUUAAGUUCUACGAAUUCUGUAUUUUGUAUCAUGGUGAAACUACGAAGUGUGAUGUAAAAUUAUAUAUAUAUAUAUAUAUAUAUAUGCUUGGGUUGACGUGCAUUGAUUUAAAAUCUGAAAGAUAGGUCCAAUAAUUCUACGGAUCUUUCGCACCAUCUUAUAGCUGUCCAUGGCUAGUGUUGAAUUAAUUUCUUGCAAAACGUGUUUGCUUAAAUUGCAGGAAGAGAUGAACGAACUUGAAGAAACCAAAGCAUCAAAAUUGAAUCCUCCUAAAUCUAGCUCCAGUAAAAGGUCAGAUGAAUGUAGAGUAGAGGUUUAUGAAGACGAUGACGAGCUUGAAGAUUCUGAGUUAGAAAACAAUACCACCGGGAGGCGUCUAGUUGAGGGUGAUAUCGAUGUGGAUGAUGCUGAAAGUGAAAGUGCAGAGGAUGAACCUGUUGAGGAAGAACCCGAAGAUACUCUGACGCCUGCUGAGAAAGCCUCGCAAAUUUGUCGUCUUCCUGCAAAAGAACUUUGUACAGAAGAAACUCAACUCUUCCCUUUCUUAGAAAGUUCUUCAAAUUCUUUAAAGGAAUCAUAUAUUACUGUUCGAAACCUUGCCUGUUUAAUGUGGUCAGAAGACUCGUGUACUCAGGUUACGCCUAAUAGGUUGUUCACAUACGUGGUGAAUAAUAUGUCAGUCGAGAAUCUACGGGUGAUGAUCGAUUCUGGUUUGACUGCUCCUUUUCCAGUACACCAAGGAUCCAAUUCGUCUGCUUCUUCUGUUUGUGAGGAAAAUACUUCUGGUAUCGGUCGCGUCAGACAUAGCAAAGAGCUUUCUCGAUCUCUUCAACGCCAUCUAACAAGUUUAACUCUUCCAAGUAAUUACUCACCCUGGGGUACGCCUACUGCAAAAGCAAAUUUGGAACGGAUGACUUAUUUAGCUGUUUUGUUCUUGGAAAGAUAUGGAUAUAUCAACUUUGGCAUAUUUAAAAUUAUAUCUCCACCCUUAACACAUGUGAGUUCAUCUCGUACUGCUGAUCCUGCUACCACUGCAAAUUUCCUAGGAUCGCCUAUGGAAAUAUUAUACAAAUCAGAUGUCCAAAUAACACCCAGAAGAGCUGCAGCUGAGAAAGCUCUAGCAGCAACGCGUCGCACUAGUAAUUCUCCUUUUGCCAGUACGUUACCAGUUAGUUCAUCAUCUACGUCACGGACAACUCCUCAUUUUAUUAUAAUUGGCGCUGGUAUUUCUGGCCUGAUUGCAGCAAGACAACUGACUUAUUUUGGUGCCAAAGUUACUAUUUUAGAAUCUCGUGAUCGUGUUGGAGGUCGAAUAUGGACUUGUAGAAAAGGUGGAUAUCAAGCUGAACUUGGGGCCAUGGUUGUCACAGGUUUAUCUGCGAAUCCUGUAACUAUAUUGGUACGUCAAUUAUCACUAAAUUUGCUUCCAAUCAAUACCGAUUGCUCGCUUUAUGACUCACAAGGUCAUUUAAUAAACCGUGAUCUUGAUGAACAAAUUGAAGAAGAAUUCAAUCGUCUUCUAGGCACAGCUGCUUAUGUAUGCCAUUCUAAAGGAUUAGAUUCAUUAGUUCUUGAUUCGGGUGUUGAAAUUCCUUUAUCAUUAGGUCAAGUUAUUGAAUUGUUAAUUCAAUAUCAAGAAAAGCAUAAAAUACAGUUGAAAAUUACACAUCGUAAAUUAAUCUCACAAUUAUUAGAUCGCAAAAAUUCUCUAUUAGAUCAGAUGGUUAUUGAACGUAAAAAUAUUGAAGCAGCUUAUGAAAAGUGGCAUUCAGCAUCAAAAGCAUUAAAUAACCAAUCGUCACCAAUCCAUCACUAUGCUCAACAGUCUAAAACACAAAAUCUUACACAAAAUAAAUCUCGUGUACGCAAUGAUUCAUCAUCAUGUUCACCUCGUUCCAGUAGUACUGAACUAGAUGGAAAACUAGUCAUUGAAUCAGCUUCAUCAAAUGGAUCACAAAAAUCAGCUGAUAACCAUCCGGUAAGAUUAUCCUCCGCUACUGAUCUAUCUCAACGUCCUUCGUUACCAGUAUUUAAUGUUAGCGCUCAAUUCGAAGUUCGUCAGUUACUUAGUCAUUUACAUGAAGCUUGGAAGAAAUUUCAACCACUUCAAAUUGCCCUGUCUCAAGUCAAUAAGCAAUUAGAUAUAUUACUUCAAGAACCACCGAAAGAUAUGUAUUUAACCAAAGAAGAACGUUCUAUACUUGAUUGGCAUUUAGCUAAUUUGGAAUUUGCCAAUGCCACAGAAUUGCAUAAUCUAUCAUUACGUCAUUGGGAUCAAGAUGAUUUGUUUGAAUUAAGCGGUGAUCAUUGUGUAUUACAAGACGGUUACGGGUCAGUAACUGAUAAUUUAGCACAUUUUAUUACAUCUGGUCAGUCAUUAACAGUUGGAUUAAAACCUCGUGAUAAUCAUCUUACAUCUGUAACAGCGACAACAACGUCAUCGAAUUUAUCCACUUAUAAACUUGGACCUGGUCAUAUUGAAUUGAAAAGUACAGUUAAACGUAUUUAUUACUCUAAUACAGGUGUUCAAGUGGAUGUCCUUAAUUCGGCAUUUAGUCAAGAUGAUUUAAUUGAAUAUGAUGCAGAUGCUUUAAUUUGUACUCUACCAUUAGGUAUCUUAAAAGAAAGUAUCCAACAAGAUAAUGAAACAACCAUGCAUCAGUCACAAAUUACAACAAAUGAAUCGUCUAACAAUUGCCUUACAAAAUUAGUUGUACCACGUUUUGAGCCACGUUUGCCUGAUUGGAAAAUUUCAGCUAUUCAGCGUUUAGGAUUUGGUGUAUUGAAUAAGGUUGUACUUAUAUUUGAGAGGAGUUUUUGGGAUCGUUCACACAAUCUAUUUGGACAUGUGAAUGAAUCAACGAAUUCGCGUGGUGAAUUAUUUUUAUUCUGGUCAAUUUCUGAUAAGCCUGUAUUGAUAGCAUUAAUUGCUGGUCGUGCUGCAUGUGAUUUAGAAAAUGAGAAAACUUCACCUACACGACGUCUAUCACCAGGAUCUAAAGGUCAAAACGCAUUAGUCAAUAACUCUGCCACAUCAACGUUUCAUCUAUUAGGCCGUGGACUUAAAGAACCUAUUAUUACACGAGCUAUGCAAGUUCUUCGUGGUAUUUUCAGCCAAGAAGGUAGUAAUAGUAGUAGUAUUAGUAACAAUAACAAUAAUAGUAACAGUAAUAAUUGUAAUGGUGGAUUGCAUAGUAAUCAAGAAAAGAAGAAACUUGUUAUACCAAAUCCAAUUGAUGCAUAUGUCACACGAUGGAGAACUGAUCCAUAUUCACGUGGAUCUUACUCGUAUGUUGCUGUUGGAGCCACAGGUGCUGAUUAUGAUAUUCUUGGUGAACCAGUUUAUUACUCUAGUAGUUCUAGUGAUGAAAAACAAACGACAAAUCAUGCAUCUGAACAAUCUCAUGGAAUUGAUGAUAUUUCUAUGCCCACUAAUAAUCCUCGUAUAUUUUUUGCUGGUGAACAUACUUGUCGUUGUUAUCCAGCUACUGUGCAUGGUGCACUUUUAAGUGGUCUACGUGAAGCAGCUCGUGUAGCUAAUCAUUACUUUCCAGGUCAAACACCUGUACGUGCAUCAGGAUUUAAAUUAAAUACUUCACAAUCGACAAAUCUACACUUCUAAAUUAUUCCAUUGUUUAUUUAUUUCUCUUUCUCUAGUUUUGUCAGUAUCUUUUCGGACAAAGCUGUAUUUUUCCCUUAUACAUGUACUUGUUCGACUGACUGUAGAUUAACUAUCCCAUAAAUAAUUAUUUUCCACCUAUUAGAUUUUAUAUAUCUUUAUAUUUAUCUGUAUUCACCCUUAUGGAAUAUAGUUUUUCCUUUAAAAUAUAUUGAUAUACUACAUUUGUGUGCAAUCGUGUCAUAUUUUGCAGUUUAUGUGUUGAUAUGUUUGCCUAACCUCUAUUCGUUUUAUGCAUUACGUAUGUUUGUAUGAGUCGAGUUUAGUUGUUUUGUAUUAUAUGUGAAGUUUUGUCGGUUAUUAUUAUUCUGAUUAUUAUUACUCUCUGAAUAUUUCUUGAUUUCUUUUAGUAUGAAUAAUGCAUUCAUUACCCUGUUUUCAUUUUGUAAACAAACUUUAGAAAUUGUGAAAUACGAUAAAUGACAAAUGCUUGUUAUUCAGUGUUGUGUACGGUAUUGUGGUGUCAAACUUACCACUGGUUUGUAAACAAUUAUAUACAGCCAUGCUGAUAAUAGGUUAAGGCUUUAUAUUGAAAUGUUUGCAUUAUUUAAUUGAUAAAUCAACGAACUCUUAGAGCUACUUAUUUUGUAUUGCAUAAUGAUGUUAUGCGAAGUUGUUUUGUCUUCACUUUAACACUAACCCUUUGUUUUUACUAUGGAUUAUCAGUACGUAGUUUUUUUUGUUCUC